AUGGAAUAUCUUACUGUUAAAGAUCCAAUCAUACUGUGGAAUAAUUUGAAAGAUAGAUAUGACCACCUGAAGAUGGCCGUUCUUCCACAAGCACGUUAUGAUUGGGCUCAUCUCUACAAGAUUUUAAAUCUAUUACAAUAUCGAGAGAUGGAAUUCAAAAAGUAUUCUGAACUUAUUUCAAAUCUUCUUAUAGCCGAGAAACAUAAUGGGCUAUUAGUGAAAAAUCAUGAAAGCCGACCUACUGGUUCUUGUCCAUUCCCUGAAGUGAAUGACACGAACUUCCACCAAGCUAAGCGCGGAAGAGGUCGUGGCCCCAGUCGUGGUCAUGACCAUGGCCGGGGAAGAAACUUUAAUCAUGGUAAUAAUAAUGCACCAAAGAAUCCUCCUCACCACCAGCAGUGGAAAAGGAAGGAACAAAAGCAUGAAGCGGUGCAAGCACCAAAUGCAGAAAUGCAUGCUAUAGAUGUGGAUGAAAAGGGCACUGGUCACGUACUUGUCGCACGCCAAAGCACCUGGUUGAGCUUUAUCAAGCCUCCUUAA